UUUAAUGCACUUGAUGACCGUUGUUGUUUGAUGUUUCAGGUGAUUGUAGAUGACCUUGACAAUUCUAUCACGUAUGAUUUUCCUUGUAACCGAUGGCUGGCUCUUGAUGAAGAUGACGGUCUGAUAUUCCGAGAUUUGGUCGCUGGAGUCGGGGCCUCAGACGCCUUUACUGGUACAAUGACAAAAAAGAAAGGUUUCCCAUACGUUAUAAGUGUAGUUACUGGAGACCGACAGAAUGCAGGAACUGAUGCCAAUGUUUUUGUUGUCCUUCAUAAUGGCAAAAAGAAAUUGGACAGCGGGAAAGUUUGGUUGUCCGAUGGCAAGUUUAAACGCGGGAUGACCCAGUUAUUCCAUAUUAAUCUACAAGUGAUGCUAAGCCCGUUAACAAGUUUAGAAAUCGGACAUGAUGACAGUGGGGCGGCACCAGGAUGGUUUUGCGAUCAAGUUAUAGUAUAUUGCCCCAAUACGGGUAUUGAACAAUACUUUUCUUGCAAUAAAUGGUUCUCUACAUCCGAAGGUGAUGGUCUCAUUCAAAGGACUCUGUAUGAAAACACAGGCAUGAGAAAAAAGAAAGAUAAAA